AUGAUGACUGACUUCCCUGCUGCCAUCAUCGCCGCCACCCGUAAAAAGAUUUCUCCUUUCCUCCGCCGGGACUUCAUCAAGCCGGCAGCUUACUUUAUUCUCCUCCUCCUGACGUAUUACCUUGGCUACUUAUCGGCUGUUUCAAAGAAUCCAUUAUGUGAACCACACCGGCACUACUCCACCACCACCACCACCAACACCACCAACAUGAUCAACCCGCCAUCACAAGCUGCUGCCGUGGACCACUACCAAUUCCAGACUCGAUGCGGUGAUCCGAUUCCCUCCCAGCUCAUCCGCAAAACAAUCCUCAAUCGCGUCUUCAACGGAACAUCCCCCUAUCAUGAUUUCCCUAAACCCCAUAUCAAACCUCUCUUACGUCAGCAAAGAAUCAAAGGGUGGGGAUCAACUGGGGCUGUCUUCAAGAACCUGAUUAAUAAAGUACGACCCAAAACCAUCAUAGAAUUGGGUACCUUCCUUGGCGCCUCCGCUAUACACAUGGCUGAGUUGACCCGUCAACUCGGUCUCGACACUCAAAUUCUAUGCAUCGAUGAUUUUCGUGGUUGGCCCGGUUUACCAAACCAGUUUCGAGACAUUAAAAUGGUUAACGGUGACACGAUGCUGAUGUACCAAUUUAUGCAAAACGUGGUUCAGUUUAAUGCAACGGAAGCCAUUAUAUUUAUGCCAUUUUCGACCGGGUCAGCUCUGGAGACGCUGUGUGCGUGGGGUGUGACCGGCGAUCUGAUUGAAGUUGACGCCGGCCAUGAUUUUCACUCUGCAUGGUCGGACAUUAACCGAGCAUAUAAGCUGUUGAGACCAGGUGGGGUUAUUUUCGGGCAUGAUUAUUUUACGGUGGCAGAUAACAGAGGUGUUAGACGGGCGGUUAAUAUGUUUGCCCGAGUCAACGGCCUUCGAGUUAAGGCCGAUGGUCAACACUGGGUACUUGGCUCCUUCUGA